GAACCCGCAACUUCAUGGUUACUAGUCGGAUCCUUUCUGCUGUGCCGCAGUGGGAACUCCCUGAGUAUUCUAGUCUUAAUCCGAAUCCAGCCACCCCCAUCUCUCCUCUCCAAAGGCAUCUUUUUGGGGUCAAUGUAAUGGUCCCUAUAAGCGCUUUUUAGGUUUUUAGGUUUGUUCAGACCCAGCAUUAUAGGGGCAGGGUUUGUCUCGAAUUGCUCAGUUUGCUCGGUGUGAAUGGGCUCAGCAAGGCUGUUGGGCAGAGCAGGCAGGGGGUGGAUUGUUUUGAGGACCAGGCAGAGCAAUUAAUGAGGAGAUUGGGGCGAUCAGCCAGAGGGAGGCUGAUAAGAGUCUCCUGCCAGUGCCAGAAAUGGGGAGACUGGGACAUCUGUAGGCUGUUGUGGAUGAUGCAGGACAGGGACUAUUGUACUCAUGGCUCUUCUUUUCUUAGCUUUUAAGGUUCUUGCUUUUCCAAACCCAGAAGACAGUGCACGGAGCCAGGGGACAUCAGCCAUGCUCCAAACCACUUGGCCUCAGAGCUUGAGUGGGAACCUCUUGUUUCAGGAGCCAGUGACCUUUGAGGAUGUGGCAGUGUACUUCACCCAAAACCAAUGGGCCAGCCUGGCCCCUGUGCAGAAGGCCCUGUACAGGGAGGUGAUGCUGGAGAAUUAUGCAAGUGUUGCUUCCCUGGCAUUUCCAUUCCCCAAACCUGUUGUGAUCUCCCAGCUGGAGAGAGGGGAAGCGCCAUGGGGCCCAGAUCCCUGGGAAGCAGAGGUUUUGAGAGGCAUCUGUCCAGGUGGUGAGUCCUGGACCAAGGCAGAAGAGCCAGCUGUAAAGCAGGAAACCUCUGAAGAACCAGGGUCGCACAGAAUGCCAGUGUCUCAGCCCUUUGAUAUUAAAAGCAAGGCAGCGUGGCAGACUUUCAGUCUGAAUCCGAAUCUGAUACUUCGAGGUGGAAUGAAGUUCUACGAAUGUAAAGAAUGUGGGAAAAUCUUCAGAUAUAACUCAAAGCUCGUUCGGCAUCAGAUGAGCCACACAGGGGAGAAGCCCUUCAAAUGUAAGGAAUGUGGCAAAGCUUUCAAGUCCAGCUAUGACUGUAUUGUACAUGAGAAAAAUCACAUUGGCGAAGGGCCCUAUGAGUGUAAGGAGUGUGGCAAAGGCCUGAGUUCCAACACAGCCUUGACUCAGCAUCAGAGGAUCCACACGGGGGAGAAACCCUAUGAGUGUCAGGAGUGUGGCAAGGCUUUUCGUAGGAGCGCAGCCUAUCUUCAGCAUCAGAGGCUACACACCGGGGAGAAACUCUAUAAGUGUAAGGAAUGUUGGAAAGCUUUUGGGUGUAGGUCACUUUUUAUCGUUCACCAGAGAAUUCACACUGGGGAGAAACCCUACCAGUGUAAGGAGUGUGGCAAGGCAUUCACCCAGAAGAUCGCCUCCAUUCAGCAUCAGAGAGUUCACACUGGAGAGAAGCCGUAUGAGUGUAAGGUAUGUGGGAAAGCCUUCAAGUGGUAUGGCAGUUUUGUUCAGCAUCAGAAAUUGCACCCCAUGGAGAAGAAGCCUUCCAAGGCUCUUGGGCUGUCCCUGAUGAGUCCCCAGGGCCCCUCUGCAGAUUUAGCUCCGAUACCUCUUCAGGGCCCCUGCUCUGCUCCAGCUAUGGCCGUGCCCUCCCUGGCCUUCCCACAUGCCGUCCUCAUUCCUACCUCCAGGCCCAUGUUCAUGCUGCUGCCCGCCUCUACAGUACCUUCUUCUCCUGUCCAAAUAGUACGAGUCUUCCAGGGUCUUCCUCCCACUGUGAAGCCAUCCCCAGUUGUCCUCACCCCUUCUCCUCACCCCUCGUGAGCUCUGUCUUGGCACUUCUCUGGCUAUUACAUGCAGCAGAUCAAACUGGAGUUUGAUUUGUGGUUUGUACACUAUACAUGUGUAACAAGUGUUUGAGCAUAAACUCCAUUGUAAUCUAAA